UCACCACAAAAUGGGCACAGGAAGCAGUGCAGCAGAAGAGAGGCGGUUCUUCACCUCUUCCCUCUGCUUUCCUCUGUCCCCUCUCCCCCCACUCAGACAGGCUGUGGAUCCAAGUAAAUGAAAUGUAAAAUCCAAGUUCCCAGCAAGUGUGAGAUGCCUGUGCUGGGGGAGUAGCCACCACCAGCUGGCUCUGCCCCUUCCCUCCCCCUUCCCCUGUAAUCUGAAACUUCACAUCUCCUGGACAACCAACAACAAAAAAGCCAAGGCAGAGAGAGCAGCUGGUUGUCAGCAGGAGAAAAGAGCUCCUCUGAGUGGAUCUCAGGGAAGUGGAGCUGGGAGAGAGACGCCAGAGAGGGGCAGGAUGAGGUGAAGGCCCGACGGCAGAAGAGAGCCGCACUCUCCUGGGUACAGGCUAGAAGGAGGUGUGGUGAGCAUGGCAACCCAGAACUUUCUGCAGGAGAUGCACUCGAUGGGCCAGAAGUUCCUUCUUAAAUUACAGAAGCUGCCUCAGGCCGAGCCCGUUGAGAUUGCAGCCUUCUCUGUCAUUCUCUUCUUCAUUGCCACGGUGCUGCUGUUAUUGGUAAUAGCCUGCAGCUGUUGCUGUACCCAGUGCUGCUCCCCUGACCAGAGAAGCAGGAAGAUUCAGGUCCAGCCCAUGACACCAUCGUGAGAGGAGGCAGAGCAGAAGGCUGCCCAAUCCUGCCAGGGCUUCUGGCCAUGGCCCUGCAACAGGUGAGACAAGGGACAGACAGAGAGCUCCAGCUUGCUGAGAGGACCCACAACAGGCUGAGCUGCAGCCACUUAGGUAAAGGCCCCCCCCCAGCUCCGGCUCCAGAUACGGACCUGACGACAAAAGUGGGGAGCCACUAGGUCCAGAUGAACCUUCAGCUGAACAAGAGAUGCCAAAGAUAAGCCAACAGUGCCAGAGACUAUGGACAAAUGGUCUUCAUUCCUUUCUUGGUCUGUGCCUUACCAUAAAGAAAGGGAAGUAGGCCUGUCCCCAGGGCCUUGAGAAGGACAAUCUCAUUCUCAGCCAUGGAAGAACUCAAUUAAUCCAUACCAAAGAAGCAGCCAGAUUGUAUUAUGAUUAACAUGUCUUGAAACCCAUGUGAAUGAGAAAAUGCCUUUCUUCUAGGAUGUGCUUUUGUCUUCUAAGUAAAAGUGCUAUUAAGGUAACAGGUACCAUGGAGUUUCAGGACUGGUCUAUUAGUAGGGGAGAAGGAGGUUAAGAAGCUUCAAGGGAAUUAAUUGGUGCUGCCUUCUCUAUCCUUUUCCUAUACAAGUGCGCAUGAAAACCACCCAAAUAGAGGAAUUAAGAACCAUGUAGAAGGUUGGUUUGAAUAAAUGUGGAACAAUCUGUUAAAUAGUAAAAAGGCAGCAAAACUCAGAUCAAAUAUAACAGAAGAUAUUGUCACCAAAUUAUUAAAAUAUAAAUUCUUUUUGUUAACAAAUGGUAAAUACAAACGUGGGAAACGACAGUCACAAUCA